UGUGGGGAAAAGUGAAACAAAAACACGGUGGUGAUAUCUGUUGUGAACAUCGAUACGUCCCGUUAUUUUGCAAGCUUUGAGGUGGAGGUGGACUCAUCUUAUAAUGCCUCCUGCCUUUAAUGGUAGUAACACUUAACACCCACCUUCCUUAUCGUACACAUCCCACACCCAAUCAAACCCCACCCCCUUCUCUUCCCUUCCUUCCGACACCACCUAAUUUCUAGGGUUUCUAACUCCCUCACCAUUUCCACUCAAUUUCCACUCAGAUCCACCACCAUUUUCUUCAUCUCACACCUCCAAUGGCGAAAACGAAGCCUGGAAAGAAGGAUUUGGAUUCCUACACUAUCAAAGGCACUAACAAAGUUGUUCGACCUGGAGACUGUGUGUUAAUGAGACCUUCCGACUCCGACAAGCCUCCAUACGUCGCUCGAGUGGAGAAACUGGAAGCCGAUCACCGAAACAACGUAAAAGUUAGGGUUAGAUGGUAUUACCGCCCAGAGGAAUCCUUGGGUGGUAGGAGACAGUUUCACGGAGUCAAAGAACUCUUUCUUUCGGAUCAUUACGAUAUGCAGAGUGCACACACUAUUGAAGGGAAGUGUAUAGUUCACUCGUUUAAGAACUAUACGAAGCUCGAUAAUGUUGGCACUGAGGAUUACUUCUGUCGGUUUGAGUACAAGGCUGCUACUGGUGGGUUCACCCCUGAUCGCGUUGCAGUGUACUGCAAAUGUGAAAUGCCUUACAACCCUGAUGACUUGAUGGUUCAAUGCGAAGGAUGCAAGGACUGGUUUCAUCCAAAUUGCAUGGGUAUGACAAUCGAAGAGGCGAAGAAGUUGGACCAGUUUUUGUGCUCAGACUGCUCAUCCGAUGACGAUGCGAAAAGACCACUGAGCUCGUUCCACGUAUCACCAUCAUCUGAUGUCAAGGUGGAGUCGAAGCGCAGAAAACGGUGAUCUGUGAAGGAGGUGAUCAUUUUGUUGAGUUAAAUUAGUUCUCCAGGCUUGUUUGUGGGGACAAUUGUAUAGCGCAAGAUGAGAGAGUUUGCUUGCACAAUUAAUAAGCUUUAUGUUAUCUAUUGUGUGAAAUAUAACUGUCUGUCUUUGCCUUGUUUAAGCUAGACUAGUGUUGUGAGACGUUGUUGCGAAAACCGUAGGAGAACAGAAGGUUAGAAUUAGUGCAGGAGUCUGUUGAGAACAUAUUAAGCUUGAGAUUAGAAUUGGAACUCUACUCAUGUCUUGCCUUUGCUAUUCUAUUCCUUUACUUAUCGGCUAUUUAUUUAA